AUGCAUGGCUGCGGCCGCCGGGGGGGUCAGCUGAUGUAUGGCUGCGUCUUUGUUCCUGCGACGCUCCGAGACACUGAAGAAGAAGAAAACAGAGCGGCGGCGGCGAGCAGGAGGAACUUCCUCUCACAUAAAUUCACUCUGAAACAGCCCUGCGCCUCCCUGAUUCACCUCCCCCACCGUCUCCCCCACGGCCUCCCCCACGACCUCCCCUCCUGCUGGAGCUGAAACUCCUCAACAGACCCUUUUUAAAGAUCUGAGAAGAAAGAUCCACAGAGAGAAGGAGAGGAGGAGAGGAGGAGAGGGGGAGAGGGGGAGAGGGGGAGAGGAGGAGGAGAGAGGAGGAGGAGAGGAGAGAGGAGAGGAGAGAGGAGGAGAGGAGGAGAGAGAGGAGAGAGAGGAAAGAGAGGAGGAGAGGAGAGAGGAGGAGAGGAGGAGAGAGAGGAGAGAGAGGAAAGAGAGAAGGAGAGGAGAGAGGAGGAGAGGAGGAAAGAGAGGAGGAGAGGAGGAGAGGGGGAGAGGAGGAGAGAGAGGAGAGAGGAGGAGGAGAGGAGAGAGAGGAAAGAGAGGAGGAGAGGAGAGGAGGAGGAAAGAGAGGAGAGGAGAGGAGGAGAGGAGGAGAGGGGGAGAGGAGGAGGAGAGAGGAGGAGGAGAGGAGAGAGGAGAGAGGAGAGGAGGAGGAGGAGAGGAGAGAGGAGAGGAGGAGAAAGGAGGAGAGAGAGGAAAGAGAGGAGGAGGAAAGACAGGAGGAGAGGAAAGAGAGGAGGAGAGGAGAGGAGAGGAGGAGAGGAGGAGAGGAGGAGAGGAGGAGAGGGGGAGAGGAGAAAGGAGGAGAGAGGAGGAGGAGAGGAGAGAGGAGAGAGGAGAGGAGGAGAGGAGAGAGGAGAGGAGGAGAGGAGGAGAGAGAGGAAAGAGAGGAGGAGAGGAGAGGAGGAGAGAAGGAGAGGAGGAGAGGAGAGGAGGAGAGGAGGAGAGAGGAGGAGGAGAGGAGAGGGGAGAGGAGGAUAGAGAGGAGAGGAGGAGGAGGAGAGAGAGAGAGAGAGGAGAGGAGAGGAGGAGAGGAGGAGGAGAGGAGAGAGGGAGAGGAAAGAGAGGAGGAGAGGAGAGGAGGAGAGAGAGGAGGAGAGAAGGAGAGGAGGAGAGGGGAGAGGGGGAGAGGAGAAAGGAGGAGAGAGGAGGAGGAGAGGAGAGAGGGAGAGAGGAGAGGAGGAGAGGAGAGAGGAGAGGAGGAGAAAGGAGGAGAGAGAGGAAAGAGAGGAGGAGAGGAGAGGAGGAGAGAAGGAGAGGAGGAGAGGAGGAGAGAGGAGGAGGAGAGGAGAGGGGAGAGGAGGAUAGAGAGGAGAGGAGGAGGAGAGGAGAGAGAGAGAGGAGAGGAGAGGAGGAGAGGAGGAGGAGAGGAGAGAGGGAGAGGAAAGAGAGGAGGAGAGGAGAGGAGGAGAGAGAGGAGGAGAGAAGGAGAGGAGGAGAGGAGAGGAGGAGAAAGGAGGAGGAGAGGAGAGGAGAGGAGGAGAAAGGAGGAGAGAGGAGGAGGAGAGGAGAGAGAGGAAAGAGAGGAAAGAGAGGAGGAGAGAAGGAGAGGAGAAGAGAGAGGGAGAGGAGAGAGGAGGGAGGGAGGGAGAGAGGAGAGGAGAGGAGGAGAGGAGGAGAGAGGAGGAGAGAAGGAGAGGAGGAGAGAGGAGGAGAGAGAGGAGGAGAGAGCGGAGGAGGAGAGAGAGGAGAGGGAGGAGAGUAGAGAGGAGGAGAAGAGAGAGAGAGAGGAGAGGAGAGAGGAGAGGAGAGAGGAGAGGAGAGAGGAGGAGGAGAGGAGAGAGAGGAGAGGAGAGGAGAGGAGAGAGGAAAGUCUGUGGAGAAACACCUGA